CGAAUUCAGCAGAACUACCACACAAACAUCUGUCAUAUUUAUUACUCUUGCCACUGACUCACUAAACUUGACGUUUUCAUUGUUUUAAAUUUCCGUAAUACAAACGUAAAUUAUCAAUUUAACAACAAUGAUCCACGAUUAAGAUAACAACAGCUUAUCUUCAAUUUUAUGUUUCAUUAUUGCGUGGCAAGACUAGCCUUUGUUACAACAUAUCAGUUUUCCAUCUGUUACCGUAAAUGGAAAAUGAGUUAUCCCUCUUCGAGACAAAUCCCUUGGGGCGUGAAUUUUUUACAAAAACUGACCGACAGAUGCUGUCCAAGGCUUCAUUUCAACAGAGAAUUAUGCUACCGAGGUAGUGUUGUCUUUCUUACUUAUGUGGCCUAUAUGAGUUACCACUUGUCUCGGAAACCAAUUUCGGUAGUUAAGGCUGUUUUACAUCAAAACUGUAGCGGGCUAACGCCUCCGCCAGAUGUAAUUCCUGGGAAUAGAUCGCAUUGGUGCGAUUGGGCUCCUUUCAAUGGGUCUGAUGCUAGUGCGUCCCAGCUAUUGGGGGAGUUAGAUUCCUCGUUUUUAUUCUGCUACGCAAUUGCCAUGUUUAUUUCGGGAUUUAUUGCCGAACGAGUCAAUCUCCGAUACUUCCUGAGUUUAGGCAUGCUAAUGUCAGGCAUUUUUAGCUAUCUGUUUGGUAUCGCCAAAAGUUAUAAUAUACAUAAUUUAAGUUAUUACAUAAUAGUACAAGGCCUUGCCGGUGUUGCCCAAACAACUGGUUGGCCUGGCGUCGUUACCGUGAUGAGUAAUUGGUUUGGGAAAAAAAAACGCGGACUGAUCUUCGGUCUAUGGAAUUCGCACACAAGUAUUGGCAAUAUUUUGGGGUCUUUAAUAGCAGCAGAGUACGUCGAAACUGACUGGUCGCUAUCGUUCAUAAUGCCAGGUUUGAUUGUUGGGGUUGUAGGAUUUGUUUUAUUUUUAUUUUUGGUGGUGAAUCCUAGCGAUGUUGGAUGUACUGUUGCUGAACCGGAAGAACGAACGCAAAAUGGGCGGCAAUAUAGAAAAUUGCAAGAUCGGGUCGCAAACGUUGAUAAUGUGUCGCAUGUCAGUUGUGAAACCGACGAUACUGAUAUUAUUUUAGGUGAAGAGGCCGUCUUAACUCACAAUAUUCAGUACGCGUCCUUAGAUGAAUUUGAAGUACAGAGGCGACUGUCUGAACGGACUCGUCUAUUGCCCGGCAAUGAGACUUCGCCCAGAGACAACGCUAUUGGUUUUCUAGGAGCCUGUCGUAUUCCCGGCGUUUUAGAAUAUUCACUUUCGUUGUUUUUUUCAAAACUCGUCAGUUAUACCUUCUUGUACUGGUUGCCAUUGUACGUAAAAGAGUCACUGAAAAUGGGCGCUACACUUAGUGCCGAUUUGUCAACUCUUUUCGAUGUUGGAGGCAUUGUGGGGGCCAUAGCAGCGGGGGUCAUAAGCGACCAUAGCGGAAUGUCAGCCACAACGUGUGUGGGGAUGUUGGCGGCGGCGGCCCCAAUGAUGUUCAUUUAUCAAAAAUUGAGCUACUACAGCUUGGCUUUAAACAUGGUAUUACUGAUAGUGGUCGGAAUCCUAGUGAAUGGCCCUUACGCCCUAAUUACAACUGCCGUUUCGGCCGAAUUAGGCACACAUUCCAGCCUUGAAGGUAAUUCAAAGGCCUUGGCUACAGUGACCGCUAUUAUCGACGGAACUGGUUCCAUCGGGGCAGCUGUUGGUCCACUAUUGGCUGGCUUUGUCUCCAACUAUGGAUGGUCCAAUGUAUUCAUCAUGUUGAUGAUCUCUGAUAUCUUAGCUUUAAUUUUGUUACUACGAUUAGUUAAACACGAAAUCCACAGAUGUCGGAGUGUAAGAAGAGAAAUGCGUAUUGAAUAACACUAAGUUAGUGUUGUUAUGUUUGGAUGUAACAACACAAAUAGAUUAAUUUUAUUUAAAUUAUUAAAUUUUAUUGUGAUAUAAUAGUUGCAAUUUUAUGUCGUAAAAAUAUACGGAACUUCCAUUAAAGUUGACAAUUGAAAUAAA